CCCUUCUGCUCUGCGCUUCCGAAUUCAACCAAUUCUCAACUCGAACCCCCCGGCCAUGGACAACAUCAGCUCCAGGUACGAGAUCCCGCGGACGGCCGAGUUCCUGCGGGGCCGCGCCUACACCAGGGUCGCCCUCCAGUUCCCGGACGAGUUGCUCAAGGACGCGGCGCCAGUGUCGCGGGCGCUGCGCAGGGAGCUCGGCGGCGGCGGGACCAAGCUGUUCGUCAUGGCCGACACCGCCUACAACUCGUGCUGCGUCGACGAGGUGGGGGCGUCCGCCAUCGACGCCCAGUGCGUCGUCCACUACGGCCACUCCUGCAUGAGCCCAACAUCGAAUUUGCCUGCUUUCUUCGUAUUCGGGAAGGCGCCGUUAGAUGUCGACGCGUGCUGCCGCUCAUUGCUGGAUUGCUCGAGAGAAAGCAAUAAACCCAUUCUUGUGUUAUGUGGAUUGGAGUAUGCACAUGCGUUGGUUGAUAUUAAAGGAGCAACGGUGAAAUUAUGCAAAUCAGAUUCUCGCAAUUAUGAAAUUCAGUAUGCAGAUGUUCUGUGUUCGGAAAUGAGUCCCUCAUCAAGUCCUACUGGAGAAGAGCAAUGUCCUCAGUCCAAUGAAAGCACACUCAACGAUGAUUUGCCUGUACAGAAUGAUGAUUUGGCAAACUUUGUGAAUACUUGUUGUAAUGUGGAAGGGUCCAUGCGCAAGUAUAAUCUUGGAGGCCUUACAUGGAGUAUAUCGAUAGAUGCGAAAAUAGAUGACUAUUUGUUAUACUGUAUUGGAGAAGAUAACUCUGCUUUUGCUAACGUUGCACUUACUUUCAAUAAAUGUGAUAUAGUUAGGUAUGACACGGUGGCAAAUCAAUUGUCAAGGGAUGUCUCUCAUCUUAUGAAAAUUCUUAGGCGCAGAUAUUACCUGGUCGAGAAGGCAAAGGAUGCAAACAUUAUUGGCAUUUUGGUGGGAACUCUAGGUGUUGCUGGUUAUCUUGACAUAAUUGAACAAAUGAAAAAUCUGAUCAAAGCUGCUGGAAAGAAAUCUUAUACACUGGUCAUGGGACGGCCUAAUUCUGCAAAACUUGCCAAUUUUCCAGAGUGUGAAGUUUUUGUAUAUGUUUCAUGUGCCCAAACUGCUCUAUUGGAUAGCAAAGAAUUUUUAGCCCCAGUUAUCACACCAUUUGAAGCUGUAUUAGCUUUUAGCAGGGGAAGAGAAUGGACUGGAGAAUAUCUUUUGGAUUUCAAGGAUUUGAUUACUUCAGAGAAACCUGAAGUUGCAAGCAGAAGUGAAGAAGCACGAUUUUCUUUUAUCAAAGGUGGCUAUGUUGAAGAUGAUCUUCCUCAAGAAAAUGAAGAGCAUCCGGAAACAUCACUUGCACUGGCUGAGCUAACGGAAAAGGCUCUUAGUGUACGGAACCAAAAUAACGAUGCAGUUCUCUACCAAGGAGGUGCCAAGUCUGCGAUCGACUACCUCAAGGCACGAUCCUACCGUGGUCUCACUGGAGAAUACGAGGUAGCACCAGACACGGUCUUGGUAGGCAGGACAGGGAGGGCUGCUGGUUACUCUGAUGAGAAAACAAAGCAAUGACGGAUUGCUGCAUGCGGUGCUGUGGGCAUUUUCCUUUGCCAUGUUCAUUCAUUUUAGUGGGAAAAGCGAGACUUGGAUGGCGUGUUACUGUCUUAGGGCCUUAUUGGGCUGUUAUUUCUUUGUUGUAUACUAGAAACUACUGUAUUCAUAGGGUCAGUUUUGUUGUGAGCCAUGAGCCUUGUGACAAUCCAUGUACAAUUAUGGCA